AUCAAUGCCAGCAGGUAAACAAGUCCUCAAAGCAGCAGUGAUCCCCUGGUUGUCUGCAGUCGAACUACCCAGGUUCGUCAGAUACUUCAUCAGGUAGUGUAUUCACGUUUGCGCACAUCCCACAUUUGGUAUUCUGUUUGCAUUUGUUAUUGCGAGUGUUCCGUUGCUUCUGCUUAGAGUCCUGUCCUGCCCAUACCAUUCAGUACAUCUGCGAUUUGCUGGAAAACUGCUGGAUUGACGCAAAAAUGUCUGUCUCGAAACCAAACUGGUGGAAAGCCAGCACCUGUUAUCAAAUCUGGCCUGCGUCAUACAAGGAUAGCAACGGCGAUGGCAUCGGUGAUAUCGUGGGGAUUAUCAGUACGCUCCCGUACCUCAAAGAUCUGGGCAUAGAGACCAUAUGGCUAUCUCCCAUGUACGAUUCGCCCCAAAAGGAUAUGGGUUAUGACAUUUCCAACUAUCAGGAUGUGUAUCCCGCUUACGGCACAUUAGCCGACAUGGACAGACUGAUAAAGGAGUGCCAUGACCUAGACAUGAAACUCAUUCUUGACCUGGUCAUCAAUCACACGAGCGACCAGCACGCUUGGUUCCUCGAGUCUCGCAAAAACAAAACUAACCAAUACGCAGACUGGUACAUGUGGCGUGACCCUAAAGUCAUUCGAGGCGAACGACAUCCGCCCAACAAUUGGGCAUCCAUUUUUGGUGGCAGUGCGUGGGAGUAUUGCCGAGAAAGAGAUCAGUACUACCUACAUUUAUUUGUGAAAGAACAACCAGACCUCAACUGGGAAAACGAGGAAACUCGGCGAGGAAUCUACGAGUCUGCCAUAAAGUUUUGGCUCGACAAAGGCAUUGACGGCUUCCGAGUUGACACGGCGAACCUAUACUCGAAAGACACUUCAUACCCAGAUGCGCCCAUCUUGGUGCCCGGUGAACCAUACCAGCCUGCAUUCAAGUACUUCACCAACGGCCCACGCAUGCACGAAUGGCUACGAGAGCAGCGCGAAAUCCUCGACAAAUACGGCGACGUUUUCAUGGUCGGCGAGCUUCCCGACACCAAAGCAGACGAGGUCCUGCGAUAUAUCUCUGCAAAGUCCCGCGAAUACAGCUGUGUGUUUGACUUCGACGUGGUCAUGCUGGGCCAGAACAAGGAAGGUGGAUCCAAGAAACACCACACUCACAAACAUACUCUGCCGCAGUUCAAAGAGGCUAUCCGUAAAGUCCAAGGCCUGCUCCACGGCACGGACGCCUGGACGACGGUCUUUCUCGAGAACCACGACCAAGGUCGCAGCCUGUCGCGCUUUGUUACCGACAAGGCUCCAAACCGUGAACAAGCGGCCAAGAUGCUAGCCGUGCUGAUGUGCUGUCUGACAGGCACGCUGUUCCUGUACCAGGGUCAGGAGAUCGGCAUGUACAACCACCCUGAGCACUGGGGGAUCGAAGACCUCCGAGAUAUUGACUCGCUUAACGCAUACAACGACGUCAUGCACCGCCACAAGGGCGAUCCGCUGUGGUUGAAAAAGGCCAUGAAAGGUCUACAGCUGGUCGGCCGAGACAAUGGAAGAUUGCCCGUGCAGUGGGAUGCGUCGGCCAAUGCCGGCUUCACGACUGGAAAGCCCUGGAUCCGCGUGCAUGACGAUUAUGAACAGAUCAACGUCGCGGCGCAACAGGCUGAUCCUGCAUCACCGCUGAAUUUCUGGAAGAAGAUGAUCAGUAUGCGUAAGAAGUAUGCGGACUUGAUGAUCUUUGGGAAGGACUUCCAGGUGUGGGACAAGUUUGAUCAGGAUGUGUUCACGUUCACGAAAGUCCAUCCGGACGGGCAUGAGAAGAUACUCGUCUUCUUGAACUUUUCGGAUGACGAACAGCCGCUGCACUAUCCGACUGGGUUGGAGAACGUGCAUAAGGAGUUGCUUGUCUGUAAUGUUGAUGAGCCAGGGAAGUAUCUGACUCCAUGGGAGGCCAGGGUCUAUCUGAUCAAGGAGGGUGUGGUCAACGGUGGCCAGACGUGAGCGUCGAAGAACGUCCGUCUUCCCGCCUAGGGUGCUUGUCAGGGGACGGUCUUUCAGCGAGGCGGUUCUGGCCUAUAGGGUUUUUUUCAAGCAAU